CCCGUGAGCACUCGGAUAGAUAGCGCUGCUGCGCUGUCUCCAGCGUGGGCUGCCGCUACAGGAGCAGAGGAACCUCUGAGUCAACCGUGAGCCGCACGGGGCAGGACACCACCGAGCAGCCUCACCGAAGAGCACGAAAUCCACAGGGCAUCUAAAAACACUAAAAAUGACAGCCACAAAGCCACAGAGCAUGCUCCGAGAAGCCUCUCGUCAGGUCAUCGCCGGUGGAUCCGCUGGUCUGGUAGAGAUCUGCUUGAUGCAUCCCCUCGAUGUGGUGAAGACGAGGUUUCAGAUCCAAAGAGGAACCACUGACCCCACCAGCUACAAGAGCCUGGGUCACUGCUUCCGGACAAUUUUCCAGAGUGAAGGAGUAUUUGGAUUCUACAAGGGAAUCCUACCUCCUAUUCUGGCAGAGACACCAAAGAGAGCAGUCAAGUUUUUCACCUUUGAGCAGUACAAGAAGUUGCUGAAUUUGACCCCUUUGUCUCCCGGUGUGGCGCUGUCUGCAGCAGGGCUUGGUUCUGGCUUGACUGAGGCUUUAGUGAUCAAUCCAUUCGAGGUGGUGAAAGUCAGUCUCCAGGCCAACAGGGAUUCCUUCAAAGAGCAACCCUCCUCCUUUGCCCAAGCAAGAUGGAUAAUUAAGUCAGACGGCUUUGGACUGAGGGGCCUUAAUAAAGGAUUAACAUCAACACUGGGGCGCCAUGGAGUUUUCAACAUGAUCUACUUUGGCUUCUACUUCAAUGUCAAGGACGCUAUUCCUACCAACCCGGACCCUACCCUAGAGUUCCUGCGCAAGUUUACCAUCGGCCUGUUGUCUGGGACCAUCUCCUCCUGUGUGAAUAUUCCCUUCGAUGUUGCCAAGAGCCGGAUCCAGGGCCCCCAGCCAGUGCCAGGAGAGAUCAAGUACCGCACCUGCUUCCAGACCAUGGCACUAGUGUACCGCGAAGAGGGGUAUUUGGCACUAUACAAGGGAUUGGUUCCCAAGAUAAUGAGGCUUGGACCAGGUGGAGCAGUAAUGCUGUUGGUCUAUGAAUAUGUGUCUGAGUGGCUGCAGAGAAACUGUUUGUUCUUAAUACACGGAUCAAACUUGGCACCAGAAGCCCAUGGCAUCGCAAAGGCAUGCGGAGAGUCUCUUUUGAUGUCGUUCCAUAAUUAUACUGGAUGCUGGGGGCAAACCGUCCUGCCUGAGACAAUCAGUCACAAAACUGUCAACAUCUUUGAGAGCUUCCUGUUUUCCACGUUAUUUUAAAAAACAACAACAACAAUUUAACAUGCAGUUCAGUUUUUUCAAUAAUCAUUUUUUGGCUUUGUCAAGAAAAGUGCUAUGGAAAAUAUGAAGGUUUUGGUGCACCCUGCACCAUGAAAAUGGACAGUAUUCGAUGGGAUUCUUCUGUUUUUAAUGUACCUCCAAAAAAAAA